AUGGCGGCGUCUUGGUUUGCUCUCCGCAGCAGCCGUCAGCUGGUGCUGCGGUCGCGUGUGCGAGCUGGUCCCUCUCCAGUUGCACUCCGAUCAGCUUCAAUUGCACCAUUGAACAUCCGUCGUGGCCUACACACUCAGCAACCGGCCACCAAGCGUGGAGUCUAUACUAGCUCCGUGGCCGCCCAUGGCGACCCGCACCCACAGGACAUUUUCCAACCCCUCGAUACAUUCCCUCGUCGCCACAUUGGCCCUUCACCCGAUGCCGCGGCAGAGAUGCUGGCUGUCCUCGAUCCCCCGGCCGAGAGUUUGGAUCAAUUCGUCAAGCAGGUCCUCCCCGAGGAUAUCCUGUCCAAAAAGGACCUGAAGAUCACCACCCCUCAUGCCGAUAUCAAGCUACACCGCUCUAGUGUGCAGGGCGGUCUCGGCGAGACCGACAUGCUGAAGCUCCUCGAUACCUACCGCAAGCAGAUUGAUGUGUCUGGCAAGACCUACAUUGGUACCGGUUACUACCCGACCAUCGUUCCCCCAGUUAUCCUCCGCAAUGUCCUCGAGAACCCGGCUUGGUACACCAGCUACACUCCCUACCAGCCCGAGAUCAGUCAGGGUCGCCUUGAGUCCCUGUUGAACUUCCAGACUCUCACUGCUGAUCUUACUGGUCUGCCCUUCGCUAAUGCCUCCGUUCUGGAUGAGGCCACCGCUGCCGCCGAGGCCAUGACCAUGUCCUUCGCUACCAUGCCUGCCUCCAAGCAGAAGAAGGCUGAGAAGUCAUUUGUUGUGUCUCAUCUCUGCCACCCCCAGACCAUUGCCGUGAUGCAGUCGCGUGCCGAAGGAUUUGGAAUUAACCUUGUUAUUGGAGAUAUCCUGGCCGAUGACUUCAAGGUCGUGAAGGAGCAGGGUGACCACCUGAUUGGUGUUCUCGCACAGUACCCCGACACUGAGGGUGGUGUCAACGACUUCCAGGCUCUCAGUGACUCUAUUCACGGCCAGGGUGGUACCUUCAGCGUUGCCACCGACCUAUUGGCUUUGACCAUCCUCAAGGCCCCCGGCGAAUUCGGUGCUGACAUUGCCUUCGGUAGCGCUCAGCGAUUGGGUGUUCCCAUGGGCUUCGGUGGCCCUCACGCCGCCUUCUUCGCCUGUGCCGAUAAGUACAAGCGUAAGGUCCCCGGUCGUGUUGUUGGUGUGUCCAAGGACCGUCUUGGAAACCGCGCUCUGCGCCUCGCUCUGCAGACCCGUGAGCAGCACAUUCGUCGUGAGAAGGCCACUAGCAACAUUUGCACUGCCCAGGCCUUGCUCGCCAAUAUGACUGCCAUGUACACCAUCUACCACGGUCCCGUUGGUCUCAAGUCCAUUGCCCAGCGUAUCAUGUCCAUGACUUCUCUCCUGCGCCAGAAGUUGGUCUCUCUUGGGUACAACGUCCCCAUUCGCUCAAACACCGAGGGCGAGGCCAUCUUCGAUACCCUGGCCAUUGAGCUGGAGAGUGCUUCCGAGGCUGAUGCCCUUGUUGCUGCCGCCCGUGAUGCGUCUCUUUUCCUGCGUCGCCUUGGUGGCAACAAGGUUGGUCUUUCUCUUGACGAGACUGUUGGCCGCGAGGAGAUCAAGGACAUCCUUAAGGUAUUCGCUACUCUGAAGUCUGCUGGCCCUGUCGACAUUGAGGGAGCCCUUGCUAUCGCCCCUGUUCCCGCCGCUCUGGAGCGUACCUCGGCCUACCUGACCCAUCCCGUCUUCAACAGCCACCACUCCGAGACUGAGAUGCUUCGUUACAUCCGCCACCUCGAGUCCAAGGAUCUAUCUUUGGCCCACUCCAUGAUUCCCUUGGGAUCCUGCACUAUGAAGCUCAACGCUACUACCGAGAUGAUUCCUAUUUCCUGGCCCGAGUUCUCCAACAUCCACCCCUUCAUGCCUACCGACAAGGCAAAGGGCUACAUCCAGAUGAUUGAUGAUCUGGAGGCACAGCUUGCUGAUAUCACCGGUAUGGCCGAGGUCACAGUGCAGCCCAACUCUGGCGCUCAGGGUGAGUUCGCUGGUCUUCGUGUGAUCAAGAAGUACCAGGAGGCCCAGGGUGAUGCCAAGCGCAACGUCUGCCUGAUCCCCGUCUCUGCUCACGGUACCAACCCUGCCAGUGCCGCUAUGGCUGGUAUGCGUGUGGUCACUGUCAAGUGUGAUACCAAGACUGGUAACUUGGACUUGGAGGAUAUGAAGACCAAGUGCGAGAAGCACAAGGAUGAGCUUGCUGCUUUCAUGAUUACCUACCCCAGCACCUUCGGUGUCUUCGAGCCCGGUGCCAAGGAGGCUUGCCGCUUGGUCCACGAGAACGGUGGCCAGGUUUACAUGGACGGAGCCAACAUGAACGCUCAGAUCGGUCUGUGCUCUCCCGGUGAGAUCGGUGCCGACGUCUGCCACCUGAACCUCCACAAGACCUUCUGUAUCCCCCACGGUGGUGGUGGUCCCGGUGUCGGCCCCAUCGGUGUUGCCGAGCACCUGCGUCCCUUCCUGCCCUCGCACCCUACCAGCGACUACCUCCAGGCCAAGCGCGGCGACAAGGCCUCUCCCCCUAUCAGCGCCGCCCCCUGGGGUAGUGCUAGCAUCCUCCCUAUCACCUUCAACUACAUCAACAUGAUGGGUGACCGCGGUCUCACCCACGCCACUAAGAUCACCAUCCUCAACGCCAACUACAUCAUGUCUCAGCUGAAGCCCCACUACCCAAUCCUGUACACCAACGAGCACGGACGUUGCGCCCACGAGUUCAUCCUUGAUGUGCGCGGCUUCAAGGAUACCUGCGGCAUCGAGGCUAUCGAUAUCGCCAAGCGUCUCCAGGACUACGGCUUCCACGCCCCAACCAUGUCCUGGCCCGUCGCCAACACCCUCAUGAUUGAGCCCACCGAGUCCGAGAGCAAGGAGGAGCUUGACCGCUUCAUUAAUGCCCUGAUCUCUAUUCGUGCCGAGAUCGCCGAGGUUGAGAGCGGCAAGCAGCCCCGCGAGGGCAACGUUCUCAAGAACUCUCCCCACACCCAGCGUGACCUCCUCACAGCCGAGUGGAACCGCCCAUACACUCGCGAGCAGGCCGCUUACCCGCAACCCUGGUUGUUGGAGAAGAAAUUCUGGCCCUCUGUGACUCGUGUUGAUGAUGCCUUCGGUGACCAGAAUCUGUUCUGCACUUGCGGCCCCGUCGAUGAGACUGAAUAG